AUGUAUUUACUGUGGCUGGUAUUAUCCAUCACAGCCGCGGUAAGUGAAACAGCUCAAUUCGCGAAUUGGAUUGAUGCAGACGGAAACGUAUUUCAAGGCUGCAUAAGUGAUGAUGUUGUUCAUAAAGUUGGCGAUAUUUUCUUGGCAGGGACUUCGCUAAGGUUCCGAAAAGAAUGUAUGGCAAAUGGAGAAGCGAGAGUGAUAGGCUGCAAUACGGCUGAUAACAUAGCAGUUAAUCUCGGUCAAACUAUUAUUCAGAAGGACGGGAGUAUUUUCGAAUGCUUUCAAGAUAAUGGCUUCUAUCAAUACCAAGUGCUAUACAAAUGUUUUGUUGCUAAUCACGCGGUCAGUGUUGGCGAUAGUUAUGAAAUUGGUGAUUUGAGAGGAACGUGUGUACAGUACGACAAUGGAAGUAUUGCGUGGAAAUACACUGGCUGUAGAAUAAAUGGUCCAAAUUUAUGGCUGGGAGUUGGUGAAACUGUAGAAAUACAAGGAGCUUUACUACAAUGUACAGAAACUGGCAUCACUGAAGUUGCUCAACAACAAAGAAAAUGUCAAGAGACAAAAGAUUAUUUCGACAGCAGUAUCUUCUAUAAAUGUAUUGAAGGAGAAUUACCACAACCACAAGGAUGUUCUCCGUACGAGAACGAUACGAUCGUGAUGAACUUUGGUGAUACAAUUCAACUUGGCGGAGCCUACGUAUAUCUUUGCGCUAUGAUUGACGCUUAUCCUGCAUUUUCACGAAUAAGAUGUUUGGACUUUAACGGUGAAGAGAUGAAAGAAGGUGAAACUAGAAGUGCGUCAGACGGAAGCCGUAUAGAGUGUCGCUUGAGUGACAAAGGCAUCAUCGGGCGAUUCUUAUUCAGUAGUAAUCGCCUCAUCAACUAUGAAGUCGGCUACAAAUGGAUCGAAUCGAAUGUCGUUUAUGAGAUGCGCAAAGUCGUCAAUGAGUUGAUUCCAACUCCUAUUGGUGUUCCGAAGGGCUCGUGCUCGGUGAGCGGUGACACAUCGGUAACGAUCAAGCUUGGUGAGGUCAAAGAUAUUGGUCAUAUGAGAUAUGAAUGCAAAAAGCAACAAACUUGGGUUGCUAUGAUAAUCAGAGGAUGUAUAACGGAUGGAGGCGAAUUUUUCGAAAUUGGAGAUACGAUCAAGAUGAAACAUAAUACAUUUGUUAGCUGUAUUAAAGAAGGACCAAUCGUUUAUUAUGUUAAAGGCAAAAAGAAUUCAUGCCAACGACCUGAUGGUCAGCCAGGUGUCAUUGCUCUUGGACAAAAAUUUGUUGAUGAAGAAUCGGGCAUUGUUUAUGAAUGCACUCCAACUAGAAUGAACAAUCAAAUGGUGUUUCUAAAUGUAUCGGGAUGCCAGUUGACAAGUGGACAGCGCAUUGGUUUUGGUGAAUUUAUGAGGUAUUCAGCAGAGACAACUUAUAAAUGUGUUUUACUGUUCAACGGUGAAGCACGUCUUCAAGUACUUCGCGAUGAAGGUUGUUUAAUAAGAGAGAAGGAAAUAGCAGUUGCGACGACGCUUUUAUGUCGUGGUGAUCCAUUCGUAUGCACCGAAAGUGACGGAUAUAUCCGACUGCCAAAAACUGGAUGUAUGAUCGGCGAACGACCACUUGAAUUAGGUGAAAAAUAUGAGCAAGAUGGAAUCACGUUUAUUUGUGAUGUAAGAUAUGUGAACGGAUCUAGCACUGAAUCGUACACCAGAUUAUAUGGUUGCAAAGAUCAGAAUGGAAUGUUGCGACUUGCAAACGAACCCUAUUAUGAUGAAGAACAGCAAAUGAUGUGUGCAUUUUGCAACUACAAAUAUCAGAUAUGCUCUGUGGAAUCACGCAACACUGCUGUCAUACAAGGGAUCUUUAACAGUUUCAAGAUAAAAAUUGCCGAAACAAUUCGGUUCAAUUUAAAUACAGACGAUCCAUUCAAAUGGCCAUGGCCAAAACAGAUCAAUGGAGAACCCCUACCAAGAGCCCCGGAUGGAGAGCCCUGGCCUACUGCGCCAAAUGGAGGACCCCUAGAAAAUGGACCCAACAAUCUUAAGUGGCCCCAAGGGCCAGACAGAAAACCAUUGCCGGUUGCUCCAGAUGGAAGGCCGUGGCCUGUUGGACCAAACAACAAUUUGUCACCAUCAGGACCCGGCGUACCCCCAUGGCCAGUGGGAUGGCCCAAAAUACCUGAAAACAUGACCAUAGACCUAGGUCCAUUCUCACUUCGGUGGCCCAUCGUCAAAAACGGAAUGCCGCAACCUAGGGGGCCAGAUGGAGAAAUCUGGCCGCUAGGACCGGAUGGAAUUCCUAUUCCGACAAGUCCAGAUGGAACGGAAUGGCCCAAGGGAAUCGAUAAUCUACCUCUACCAAUUGCUCCUGAUGGGAGACCAUGGCCCAUCAGUGUCAGCGGCAUUUUAUCUCCAUCCGGACCAGGUAUAGCUCCAUGGCCAGUAGGCUGGCCGCGUAUGCCUGAAGCGCCAUCUGGACCCAUCAACAUGCCAUUCCCGCACAUGCCAUUCCCUCACAUGCCGCAUAUGCCC